AAAAUCCACUCAAAAGCAAGAAGAUGCUUAACAGUAGCCAGCACAAGAAGAUCAAGAGAAUUAGUAACAAUAUAUCCAAAGUUUAUCUGACAGAGAUUGGCAGGCUCGUUCCUCCCCAGAAAAGUCUGAAUGGAACUAAGUCAUCCACAAAGUAUAGAGGGGCCAGGAACAAAAGCCAUGUCAUUCAGUCUCUCAAGAACAGCUAUUUCUUUGACCCUCAUGUGUUGAAUAAAAGUGACUGAAAGAAUUUGGGGAAUUCUGGCAAGGAAAAUCAAAAAUAAACCUUAUAAGAAGACUAGCCUAGAUGCCACAAGAAAUGAACAGAGUAUUGGUCUUUCUACUAUUGCUAAAAAUCCAAAAGCAAGGGAAAAUAACAACAAAAAGUUAAUCAAAUCAUUUAUUGAACCAAUAUUGAAUAAUUACAGACAAGAAUUGACAAGAAGAGUGUUAAAUAUGGCUCAAAAUAGGCAAAGAGAGAAAUCUCAGACUAUCAAACAUCUUAACUUAGCAGACAUUAAGAAAUAUUGAUGCAAAAACAAUCAGAAUGAAGGCUCAACAAGUUGAACUCUGCCAAAAGAUAGCACUAGAGGGCCCUGUAGCUUUACUCAUAGAGCAAUGUCAAACAUAGCAAAACUGAAUAGUGGCAGAAUUAAAGAGAACAGAUUCAUAUCUAUUGAUACACAUCUUGGGAUUGACAAAUCAGAUUUAGGAGCAACUCAAAGAUUGCAGGCAAUACUUGAGAAAGUACCUAUUACUCCAAGUACUCAGCAAAGUAGCAACCUUGACAAUUCAGCUCCCAAUAUUUUGCAUGUUUCUCCUAGACAAGUUUUUGAAAAUAAAGAAACUGGAUGUACUUCAAGCUCUUUGCCUCAAAAAUCUCCUUCUCUCCCAAAAACAAAGCAAAAUUUAGUUAUUAAGAAGAGCCAAAUAGUUCAAAAGAAAAAAGUCCCUCAAAUGCUUCCUUCGCCUCAUCUAGGCUCAAAGUCAUUCAGGCUAUCUCAAGCUCUCAAUUCUGAUAUCAAUUCUGGCAAAACUUCAAAACUCAAAAAGUCAAUAGAUUUUCUGUACAGAAGCACGGAACAGAGCAGCUGCAGUCAUAGUUUUAGAACUCCUAAGAACUAUCCUUCCAGACUCUUCAAUCCUCCUUCACUUACUCAGAGGAAUGCAGAAAAACAUUUCAGACAGAUCAUGAAGUUCUCAGCGACAGAGGAACUACUUAAUUCUAAAUUUAUGAAACAAAGAAACAAGAGCCCACAAGAACACAGAAAGAAACUCAGAGUGACAUUUGAAUUACCUUCCAUAUAACCCCACUCAUCUUCAA